AUGGCGGACAUCAAAGCCCAAGUGGACAGCUCCGGCACAAGCAUGGAAGAGAAGCCCGUGGGAAAGACUGUCGAGGACAUUGACUCACAUUCCGUCGAGGCCGCAGGUUGGGACGUGUCCGCAACCAAAAAGCUCAUCCGCAAGAUUGACCUCCGACUCAUCCCCUUUCUUGCGCUCCUCUACCUGCUCUCCUUCCUUGACAGAACCAACAUUGGCAAUGCCAGACUCGACACUCUGGAGGUGGAUCUUGGCAUGCCCAAGACCAGUCUACAGUACAACAAUGCGCUCGGUAUCUUCUUCCCCUUCUAUGUCGCAGCCGAGGUUCCCAGCAACAUGGCCAUGAAGAGGUUCCGCCCGAGUAUUUGGAUUCCUAUCAUCAUGAUCGCUUGGGGCAUCUGCACCACACUCAUGGGAAUUGUGCACAAUUAUCCCGGACUGAUGGCUGCGAGAGCUGCGCUGGGUCUUGCUGAGGGCGGUCUGUUUCCUGGAAUCACAUACUACAUCACGAUGUGGUACCCACGCCACGAGUGUGGACUGCGAAUGGCCAUCUUCUUCUCCGCUGCAACAGCUGCAGGUGCUUUUGGCGGUCUGCUGGCGCGUGGCAUCAUGGAGAUGCGAGGAGUCGCAGGACUGUCUGGAUGGCAGUGGAUUUUCAUUUUGGAGGGCAUAUUGACCUUCUUCGUCGCUAUUUCGGCCUUCAAGUUCAUGUAUGACUAUCCCUCGACCGCACCCUUCCUGACCGAGCCGGAGCAAAAGGAGGUCACAGCACGCCUCAAGCGCGACCGAUCCUCGCUCGCGGAUGAGUUCGACAUGAAGUACUUCUGGGCCGCUCUCAAGGACUGGAAGAUCUGGGUACACAUGUUCAUCACCAUUGGAGUCUACACACCGCUGUAUUCCUAUGCCCUGUUCCUGCCAACCAUCGUUGCCGACCUGGGUUACAAGAACACGACGGCACAGCUCCUGACCGUGCCUCCUUACUUUGUGGCUUGCAUCUUCUGCAUCGGGGCUGGCUACCUCGCCGACAGGAUGAAGCAACGAGGAAUCUUCAUGAUCGGCUUCAUGAUCAUCGCUAUGAUCGGCCUCAUCAUGCUCCUUGCCUCAACCAGCAGCGGUGUCAAGUACACCGGUUGCUUCUUCCUCGCGACGGGCAUCUACCCUAACGUGCCACAGGGUGUCGCCUGGAACGGUAAUAAUAUCGGCGGCUCUUUGAAGCGCGGCGUCGGCAUCGCCAUGCACGUCGGCUUUGGCAACCUCGGUGGUCUCAUCGCCGCAUACAUCUACCUGGCCAAGGACCGCCCGACCUACCGCCCUGGUCACGCCACGCUGCUUGGGUUUCAGGCCAUGGCUACCUGCCUGAGCAUCUUCAUGACCAUCUACCUCCGCAGGGAAAACGCCCGCCGUGACAGGGUGCACAAGCCGCUCAGCGAGUACACCGAGGCUGAUAAGCACGCAGAGAGGGAUCUCGGGGACAGUGCGACCUUCUUCAGGUAUACGGUUUAG